UUUUAAUAAAAGUAUUGUUUUGUUUUUCUUUUAAAAGUUGUUUCUUACAUUAUCAGAAGUGGGAUAAACAGGCAACUGUAAUUAAUUUUGAGUUUUGAGUUUGAAAUGGCAUUUUUAUCGCGACUUCGUAAAGAUCAGUUACGUUACGUAGCUAAUGAGUUUUCUGAAGAUGCUUCGUCUACCACUUUGAAAAUCCCUGACUUGAGAAAGUUAAUAUUGAAUAGCGAGAAUUACGAUGAAGAAAUGGUUCGAGGAAUGGUAGAAAAUUUAGUUGAAGACGCCGAGCGCCUUCGUCAAGAAGAGAAAGAAAAAGCCGAGCGCCAACAUGCACAUGCAUUGGAAAAAGAAAAAGCCGAUCGCCAACAUGCAUUGGAAAAAGAAAAAGCCGAUCGCCAACAUGCAUUGGAAAAAGAAAAAGCCGAUCGGGAACAUGAAUUGGAACUCAAGAAGUUAGAUAUUGCUGCUAAAACUUCAGAAGUAGUCGAAACUGAAGUAAUAACAUCGUCGCCAAAAGUUGAUUGGCAGUCACAACUGAGAAAGUUUUCUACGAGUAAUGAGGAUAUCAGCCUUUAUUUAGUACAUUUCGAGAGAGUAAUGAAAAGAGUACAAAUGCCAAGUUCAUUGUGGAUGGCAUGUUUAAUUAACCAGUUACCAAGUGAAAUUGUCCAAAUGAUAAUGAGAGAACCAGAAGAACAGUCAGAAAAUUAUGACUAUGUUAAAUCUCUUUUGCUUAAGUGCUACAGACUAAGUCCUGAAAAAUUUAGACAACUUUUUUAUUCUCAUGAGAAUACUGAUGGAAAGUCAUGGAAAGAAUAUUACCACGAGCUUGAAACGUAUUUUAAUGGGUGGACUGCAGGACUUAAAAUAAGUAGUUUUGAGAGUUUAAAAGACCUGAUCAUCACAGAUCGAAUGAAAGCUCGGGUGCCGCCAGAUAUACGAGAACGUUACUUGGAUCAGUGGACCCAUAUAAUUUCACCUUAUACAUUAGCUGAAAAGGUAGAUGAAUUUAUUGAACUCAAAGAUGUUUUUAAGAAUCAUAUUCAGUAUAAUAAUAAAUAUAGUAACAAUAAGUUUUUGAAAGAAGAAAAUGUCGCCAAAGGUGAACAAACAGAGCCAAGUCGAAGUACAACUAAUAAUCAAACUGUUUGCUACAAUUGUUAUGAUACCGGCCAUUUUGCCCGUGAUUGUGUAAAUCCAAAACGUCCAAAGUUUUGUACUGCCUGCAAAACAGAAGGACAUGGUACAAAGGAAUGUCCAAAGAUAGCGUCUUUCCCAUUAGUCAAUGCAGUUUCGUUUUCACCCAGUUCCAGUAAUAGUACAACGAAGAAUAUUAUCAUAGAAGAAGUAAAUACAAGUGCUCUUAUGGAUACCGCUGCUGAUAUAUCUAUGUUAAAAUAUAGUUUUGCACAAACGCUUAAUAAAAAUAUUCAUAAAAAUAUAGUUACACGAAUUCGGGGUAUUGGAGGUGUAAGGAAGUCACUAGGAAUUAUCAUACUUAAUGUGACUAUAGACAGGGUAAAGCUGAAGGAAGUUCUGUUUUAUGUAGUGACUGAUGAUACAUUUGAAGGCCCGGAUGUUCUCAUCGGGAAGGACAUCAUUGACGCACCCGAGAUAAUAAUGGUUAGAAAUCAAGGCAGGUCCAAGUUAGUUCAUGUGGAAGACCUGGAUUUUUUGCAUGAUUUCCAGAUUAAUGAAAUGCCUGAUAGGGUUGUGUUGAAGACCCUCGAAAAGUUCGUGAUUGAACCGCGUACAGUUCAAUUGGUAACGCAAGAUCUACUACCAACAUCAAAUGACUACGUAAAUCCAACAAAACUGCAAAGAAAUGCCCAAGAAAGUAUUAUCAUUGCACAAGAAAAGAUGAAAAGGAAUUAUGACAAACAUCGAUGUGAUGCAUUUAAGUACAAUAUAGGUGACGUUGUGGUCGUAAGACGAUUACCUGAACAAACUGCCUUAUCUAACACUAAAACCCAAGUUAAGUACAGAGGUCCUUUAACAGUCAUCAAAAUAUUACCAUCCGACACUUAUCAAGUUACUGAUUUACGCGUAGUUGGACAAGGAAGAAGAAGGCAACAUAAUUAUACGACUACCGCCCACGCUUCGCAAAUGAAACUAUUUCAUCUGGUCAACGACGAAGAUCUGUCUGAUGAUGGGGACAAUAUUACUGGAAGUAAGGAAAACUUCAUUGCUUGUGAACCCAUAAACGACAGCAACAGUACAAAUCAAUGCAACGACGAUCCAAAUAAAAAUUUAAGCCAAGAUAACAGUAGACCAAAGAGAUGUAAAAAAGUGCCGCAUUACUUGAUAACUUGUUAUAACUUGGAUUAUAACUUGUUUUGA